AUGCAGGAGGCGGGCGAGCGGCGCGGCGGCCGGGCCCGGGGCCGAGGCCGAGGUCGGGGCCGGGGCCGCCCCCUCUCCCCGGCAGGGGCCGCUGCUCGCGUCGCCGCGGGGGCCGGGGGCGGGGCCGUGCGCAGCGCGGCGGCGGCGGCAGCGCCUCCCCCCGCCCAGCCCGAGCCCGCGGCGGCGGCAGGGACUGGGGUGAUGGCGGCCGUGCUGUCCCCCAGGGUGUGCGACAGCGACCCGGCCACGCCCGGCGCGCAGUCCCUCAAGGAUGACACAGAAGAAAAUUCAAAUGAUGGCAGCCAGCCUUCAAAAAGACGACGUAUGGGCUCAGGGGACAGUUCUCGAAGUUGUGAAACCUCUAGUCAAGAUCUUGGCUUUAGCUACUUCCCUGCUGAAAAUCUGAUAGAAUACAAAUGGCCACCGGAUGAAACAGGAGAAUAUUAUAUGCUUCAGGAGCAAGUCAGCGAAUACUUGGGCGUGACCUCCUUUAAACGAAAGUAUCCAGAUUUAGAGAGACGGGAUCUAUCUCAUAAGGAGAAACUCUACCUCAGAGAACUAAAUGUCAUCACAGAGACUCAGUGUACAUUAGGAAGAAGUUAUUUUGCCAACAUCUGCCUUUCUUCUCCACAUGGAGAAGAAACUCUCCUUAAGAAGUCCCAGGGCUUUAAAUGGAGCUCUGUGCAGGCAAGAAGUUCUGCUGAGACAGAUGAGCUUACAGGUUUAACAGCUUUGCGCAGUGAUGAAGUAAUUGACCUGAUGAUUAAAGAGUACCCUGCCAAACAUGCUGAGUAUUCUGUUAUACUGCAAGAAAAAGAACGUCAGCGAAUAACAGAUCAUUAUAAAGAAUACUCACAAAUGCAGCAGCAGAACACACAGAAAGUAGAAGCCAGUAAAGUUCCAGAAUAUAUUAAGAAAGCUGCCAAGAAAGCUGCAGAGUUUAACAGCAAUCUGAACCGGGAACGAAUGGAAGAAAGAAGAGCCUAUUUUGAUUUACAGACACAUAUUAUCCAGGUGCCUCAAGGAAAAUACAAAAUCUUACCUACAGAGAGAACAAAGGUUAGUCCCUAUCCUGUGGCUCUCAUACCAGGCCAGUUCCAGGAGUACUACAAAAGAUACUCCCCAGAUGAACUUCGUUAUUUGCCAUUAAACACAGCCCUUUAUGAACCACCUUUGGAUCCAGAACUGCCUGCACUGGACAGUGAUGGAGAUUCGGAUGAUGCAGAAGAUGGUAGAGGUGAUGACAAACGGAAAACCAAAGGCAAUUCGGACAAUUCAUCUGGCAAUGUAUCUGAAGGGGAUUGCGUCACUGACAACCAGGAGGAUACUUUUCAGGGAAGACAAAAAACAAGAGACAAAAGUGCUACUCCAAGAAAAGAUGGUUCCAAACGUUCUGUACUGUCCAAAUCAGUUCCUGGGUACAAGCCAAAGGUCAUUCCAAAUGCUAUAUGUGGAAUUUGUCUGAAGGGUAAGGAGUCCAACAAGAGAGGAAGGACUGAAGCACUUAUUCACUGCUCCCAAUGCGACAAUAGCGGCCACCCUUCUUGCCUUGAUAUGACUCCGGACCUUGUUGCCAUGAUUAAGACUUACCCUUGGCAAUGUAUGGAGUGUAAAACAUGCAUUAUAUGUGGACAGCCUCACCAUGAAGAAGAAAUGAUGUUCUGUGAUGUAUGUGACCGUGGUUAUCACACCUUUUGUGUGGGGCUUGGUGCUAUUCCUUCAGGUCGCUGGAUUUGUGACUGUUGUCAAAAAGACACCCCAGUACCCAGGAGAGGAGGAAGAAGGGGGAAAAACAGCAAAGAGGGAUAAAAAAACCCAAACAGUUUGCCUUCCAAUACUGUUAACUGCAUAAAUUAAAGCAAUACAUUUGGUGCUAUUUAACCAGUCACUGUGUAAAAGGAACAAUACCACUUUUUUAAAACCAAAUAAAAGUUUAAUUUUGACUAUAUAACAAA